AUGUAUUCGUGGAAGAAACAUGUGGCCCGUUUUCCCUCCUCCGCUUUAUGCCUUGAGGGCACGGAGAUCAGGAAGAAUCUGAACAGAGAUUGGUCGGGGAUGAGUGAAUAUACUCUGACCCGCGUCCGCUCCGCCGCCGCACUCCGUAACGCCAAAAGUCUGCCACCCGGGGAUAAUCUUAACACGGUAAGUUACUAAAUUGCUGUAAAUAUAUUGUAAUAAAUCACUGUCUCUUUAGUUACAACAUGCGCCAUCCGUUGGAUCGAUUCCUUCUCAAUAUUCCAAGCCUUAUUACCUAACUUACUAUUCAAGAACAAGUCCAUUAUACCUUUAUUAUUCAAAUGACAAUGCUGUAAGUGUUGUCUUCAAUCACCCAAUUUUUCCAGGCAUACGAUGAUUGGUAUGAUCAAUAUAGAUUUGCCAUUCCAAGAUAUCACGCAGUAAAGAAUUACUAUCACAAAUAUACGCCGUCUUUUAAUUACUAUGGUCGUUAUCCUUACUUGUACAGGAGCUAUCAGUAAGUGGGUUUACUAUUACAAUAAGCAAGUUCAGUGUGAAUUAUGGCGCUCCAUAUUACGGCUCAAGACAUUACGAUCCAUACCAAGAUCCCUAUGUUAAGAGAAGUUACAACCGAUACACCUCCUCACUGGUUGACCGUAAGCUUCCUGACUAAAAAUAAUAUCAUACUUCUAGGUGUCAGUCUAAUAUUUUAUCCUUUUAGCCUACUGGCAUUGA